AGGCGCGUCCCUGCCAUCACCGCGGCCGGCGGCGCCGCGCGGUUGACCCCUGACCCCGCCGGUAGCUGCGCGCGCGGCGCCGUCUCAGCCGACCGGCCGCGGCGGCUCCGCGGCUGGCUCAGGUCGCUCGGUGACGAAUGGUGACCUGCGUGACCUCCCCGCGGCGCCCGACGCUCGGCCGGCGGCGCACCACCUGUUUGUGCGUCGUUUUGGUCGCGGUAAAUCGCGCCGGUGGCCUCUUUCUAGGCUGUUUGUUCGUGUUGCCUUGCUACGGGAGAUGGCUGAGGUGCUGUGAUGCUGCUCAGCUCUGGUCUGGCCCAGCUGGAGGUGAUGUGUGUUACAAUCAAUCACAGAGCAUGACUAUUUUAGCAGCACGAGGGUUUGAGAUUGAAUCAGUGUCUUAGGGCGUCCUCUGUAGACCUAUGCAUUUUCUAUAAGUCAUUGUUUUCAAAAGUAUUCAGCGAUUUUCGGUAGUUGGGCUAUACGAACAUUUGCAUCUUCGUUCGCAUUUUGGUCGGUUUGUGGCUUGUAUUCUGAUGUAAAUUUACCUGUCGAUCAUGCUGCAAUCUGCGCGACAUUCUGACCUCAUUUCAGCGUCGCCUAGUUUAACCCUUAGGCCAUGGCAUUGAUCAGCACUGAUUCAUCGCCGCAUAAACCUCGUGAUAGUAUUUGGAGAUGUUAUCCAGUGGAACGUUGUCGACGAUUUUAGACGGCGGGGACAUUGCGGACAAGCGCGUCUGCAAGGGCGGUGACGCUUUACAAAAGUUUUCCAUGUUCGCCGCUUUGUUUCCUUCUUCUUAUGUGAUCAUUGAUCAAUUAAAUAAUCUACUGUCCCGCGUAAUUGAACCCAUUCGUGGCACCGCUUCUGUCCGAUCUCCCCACUGACCACCCGGCCCUCCGCGGCCACCGGUGCCCCCGGGCCCGGUGCCUGAGCGCGCCCCUGCCUCGGACGGUGCAGCGCGGCCGCUUCGCUGGCUGCAGACCCGCGCGGCGUCGCGCCGCGGAAGGCAGCCCCAGUCGACGGUCGCUCGUAAUCGCGGUAGGUUCGCACUGUGAGUCCUCAGCCGUUCCGGCGCAGCGCAGCGGUGGAUUAACCUUGGACAGUGAUUUGCGACGUGCUAGUGAGGUUAACGGAGAAAGACGGCAUCCCCAGAGAGUGGUAUUUCGGUAACUGUUGUGUGUUGGAAGUUGGAACCAGUGUUUGGUGAGCACAGUGUGGUCGAACGGUUGAUCUAGGAGUUUGUUUAGGUUGUGAAGUGCCUGCGCGGGCAGAUCAUAACUGGGUGACCGUAGUGGUGUUGCGUGCAAUACUCUGAGAGAAUCGCGAGCAUCCAGUGUGAGCGCGGUAGAGCGCACGGCUCGAGUCGGUGGUGAAACGCGGGUAUCUGCAAACGCUCAAAACGUCGCGCCGCUGCAAAAAUGACACACCGGGCCGAUACAAGCCGCGCGAUGUGACAGACGGCACCGACUCCAAGUCUCCGUCCAGUCCGCUGCACAGCGCCGACUCCAAGAGCGCCGCCAAGCCGCCGGCCAGCCCGCAGCGCUCCGAGGCCAAGGCGCCGCGUCCGCCCGACUCGGCCGCGCCCCGCGACGCCCAGAAAGCGGGCAAAGUCAAGGAGAAAUCGGGCAGCGGCGACGGGAACGCCAGUGACUCCAGCUCCGGGCCCGUCAUGCCGUUCAGCAAGGGCAACUUCGACUUCAAGGAAUUCCUAGAGAAGGCUAAGGAAGAUUUCGAAGAAAAAUGGAAAAAACCCUUCCAAGAACACGUCUGCGCUCGAGGACUUCGACCUGCUGAAGACCCUGGGCACCGGAUCGUUCGGCAGAGUGAUGCUGGUGCAGCACAAAGCCGGCAAGGACUACUUCGCCAUGAAAAUCCUAGACAAACAGAAGGUGGUUCGCCUGAAGCAAGUCGAGCACACUCUGAAUGAGAAGCGAAUUCUCCAGGCGAUCAGCUUCCCCUUCCUUGUUAGUCUGCAGUACCAUUUUAAGGAUAAUUCAAAUUUGUACAUGGUUUUAGAGUACGUACCCGGUGGAGAGAUGUUCUCUCAUCUUAGAAAAAGCGGCAGGUUUAGCGAGUCGCACUCCCGGUUCUACGCGGCCCAGAUCGUGCUGGCGUUCGAGUACCUGCACUACCUGGACCUCAUCUAUCGGGACCUGAAGCCUGAGAACCUGCUCAUAGACAGCCAGGGAUACAUCAAGGUCACUGACUUCGGGUUCGCCAAGCGGGUCAAGGGCAGGACCUGGACGCUGUGCGGCACCCCCGAGUACCUGGCACCAGAGAUCAUCCUCAGCAAGGGCUACAACAAGGCGGUGGACUGGUGGGCGAUGGGCGUCCUCAUCUACGAGAUGGCCGCCGGCUACCCGCCCUUCUUCGCCGACCAGCCCAUCCAGAUCUAUGAGCGGAUCGUGGCCGGAAAGGUGCGCUACCCGUCCCACUUCAGCUCGGAGCUGAAGGACCUGCUGCGCAACCUGCUGCAGGUCGACCUCACCAAGCGCUACGGCAACCUCAAGAACGGUGUCAACGACAUUAAGGGACACAAGUGGUUCGCCACCACCGACUGGAUCGCCGUCUAUCAGAAGAAGGUGCCGGCGCCUUUCUUGCCGACGCUGCAGUCUGCCGACGAUACGUCCAACUUCAACACGUAUGAGGAGGAUCCGAACGCGGUGGUCGAGUCGGCCGAGGCACUCUACGCCAGGGAGUUCGCCGACUUUUAGCGCCGCCGCAGCAUCGAGCAGGGCAUGUGGAGGCGCCGUUCAUCCCCAAGUGCAAGGGUCCGGGCGACACGUCCAACUUCGAUGACUACGAGGAGGAGCGGUUACACGUGUCCUCCACGGAGAAAUGUGCCAAGGAGUUCGCCGACUUCUAGCGGCGACGUCCGACAGACCGAACCAAGUGCCCUGCGCGGCCGGAGCGCCGCGAAACGCCCGGAGACGGGCCAUAGUCAGCGGCCAGCGCGGCGCGCGUGGCCGGCCGCGCCCGGGCCGCCUCCUGCCCGACCCACCCCCGAUCAUUAUGCUAUUUUCUGUGUAAUUACUGGGUUUUAUAUUGGACGCGACCCGUCUGCCGAGAGCGAGUGCGAGUGGUGCGCGCGUGGCGGCCGGAGCGCGCUGGACAGGACGGACGUGGGCCGCCGCGCCGGCCAGAGAGUGAGUGGGAGCCAGAGUGGGAGAGAGCGCCCGCCGCCGACGGCGGUCGGACGGACCGCGCGUGUAUGCGUGUCUGCCCAUGCCGCCAUAGAGACUAUUUAACAGUAAUGUUGUACAAACCCCGCAGCUGACCUAAUCUCAUCAAAUUCUGUCCUAUGUGACGGGCCGCGUGACGCGUGACGCGCCCGCCGCCGCCGCCGUUACGCAGCUGUUGGUGUGUGUGCCGCCGUGACGGAGCUGCGCCCCGGGCCGCGGCGACACGCGCUGUGCCGCCGCACUGACGACGGCGUUCGGAUGCAGGGGGUGUUCUCUAGCGGACAAUAUGGGCAGCCUCGGUAUCUGUUCGUCAGUGUUCAUUGUUUGUAGUUACAGCUGCGUUCAUAUUCUGUGAUUUAGUUGGAGAUUUUCAUUAAUACAUUAAAGUAUAUUGAGAA